AUGAAGCACCUGGCGUCAUCGUUUGCGAUAAAGACAAACACACUGGGACUAGAUUUCAAGACACAUGAGCCGCCAACAGGCGACGCUUCUCUGCCAUCCUCGGAUAUUGGAAAUGUGUCAUAUCUUGUACCCACCAUCCAUCCCGGCUUUUACAUCGGAACAGACGAUACCAACCACACCAAAGGCUUUGCCAGCGCUGCAGGUGCCCCAACCGCCCAGCCGUACACUGUACUACAAGGGAAGGCAAUGGCGAUGACAGCCAUUGACAUAUUUAUAAACAAAGAUCUUUUACAUAAAAUCAAAACUGAAUUCAACAACGAACCACAGAGAAAGAAUUGA